AUGUCGGACAUCAAGGAUGAAAUUGAUUCAGUUGAUGUUGCUGUGGAAUCUAAUGACUUGUCAAAACUAUUUAAAUUUACAUUCAGUGUAGAGAGAUAUAGAAAUCUUCCACAAAAAGUUCUGCCAUCUUUACCUACAUUCACGCCAUGCAAAAUCAAAGGACAACACCUUAGUAAAAUAUUUGGAACUGUAUCAUCGAGUUCUCCUACAUCAGAUAAAUACGGCUACAGCAUGAAGACAACAAAAAAUUCACCAGAAGCUGGAUCCUCUCCUCCAGUCAAACAGCUGCUUGAUGAACCACAGAUGGUCACCACCAUAGACACUGGGUAUGAAAGACUUUUCAAUGUGGCCUGUCUGAGUGAUGAAGAAAUCUGGACAAGUGGACUUGACAGAACAAUGAAACUCUUCAGCAUCAAUCAGGGAUCACUACUCAAGUCAAUCACAACAAAGUCAGGGUACAGUCCAUUUGACAUAGUGACAAAAAGUGGAGAUCUAGUUUAUACUGAUUACUAUAAUAGUACAUUGAACAUUGUGAAGAAUGAGAAGAUAGAGGAGUUGAUCAGCCUACAGAACUGGCAUCCUCAGUGUGUCUGUAGUACCUCUUCUGGUGACUUCCUGAAACAAACAUUCUGUCCACAAGGAAUUACUACAGACAGUCAGAGUCACAUCCUUAUAGCUGAUAUUGACAAUGACUGUGUCCACAUCAUAGACCAGGAUGGACAGUUCCUCCGUUACAUAUACUGUGAACUGAGUGGACCCAAGGGACUGUGUAUAGAUACAAAUGAUAAUCUGUUUGUUGCUCAGUGGAGAAACAGACAAGUUAAGAAAAUCAAAUAUUUAAGUGAAAUUUAA